UUGAAAAGUCUGCCUGGAAGAUUGGUUCUUGGAAGUUCCUGCUCAAUUUCUCCAUACAGUCUGUGUAUUUACUUUUGUUUGCAAAGCAAAGUAAAGUUUACAAGAUCAAUGGCAAAUGUGUGGAUUGUGACUGCAUGCACUGUAAAUUGUACAAGACUGUGCUGUUGGGCAGACAAUCCAGCAGAGUGAGGAACUGAGGAGGAGACUGUUGCUAGGUAGUGAGGAAAUGAAAACAAUCAGCAGUUGCCAGGAUCCCCUGUGUGUUGUACACAGUCAGGUAGUAUCUGCCUCUGAGACGCAAUGGCUGAGCUGGCCUCAAUCUACCAGGGCAGGUUCAUAGAUCGCUCCCCGAGUAUCUCCUCGGCAGGGAAACUUUUCCCAGUUGGAGAGAGAGCUGCAAGCUGUUUGGCUGAAUUUCAUCCUAGGACUAACACUCCUCCUGCGGUACAGAGGUUUUUAAACACAAGGCGUCCAAAUCCCGGUGCUCGGCGUGUAUUCUAUGGCAAGGCAAAUGAUCCACGUGUUGAGAACUACAUCACUCAUGGUGUUAGCACACGUCCUUCUUUAAGUGCUGGUGCCCUUAUAAACUUACCUCCCAAAACAUUCUUCCAGCAAAGACUAAACGACAGGAAAGAAGCCAUAUACGCUAGCCAUCAGCAACGUUCCCUUGGAAAACAACCUGAUCAAACCAAAGCUUUACCUGCAACCAUAGAUCUCAAUGAAAUGACAUUUGGUCAGAAAACUAAGAGAGAUAUAUCUGCAUCCACUAUUAUAAGCCCUUCUAAAAGCUUUCAAGAACUAGAAGAAGAAUCUGAGAAGGGACACCAACUGUAUGUUGUGACUCACAAUGGUUAUAAUGUAGGUGAACCAAAAGACAGGAAAUAUGACUGUACAACAUACCGAAAGAACAAAAGAUUUGGAAUUGAAACCCCACAUUUUAAUGAUGGCAGACAUGUUGCACGGUCCUUGCAGUGGCUUCAGGAAAUCAAAAUGAAGGAACGUGCAAACAUUGUUCCCAAGACAGUUGAUGAUUUUAGAGAGCGUUUCCAGCAUCAGCUUGGAAAGGUUUGUGACCCCAUUGCAGAUACAAUGAAGGUUCCACCAGAUCACACCUUUGGCAUUCUCACUCGCCAUGAAAAAUACGGUGUGAAAGAUGCUCUUGAUUUUACGACUGCAAGGAAUUUUCUGCAUGGGAAAGACAAGCGCAGAGCCAUUCAGGUUGCUGUUCACCAACAUCUCAAAAGCACAAGCUAUGAAAACUUUGGUUUAUUACUGGAAGCCUUUAGGUAUUAUGACAAGAAUGGUGUUGGAAAAAUCACUAAAGAGGAGCUGAAAAGUGCUUGUGAUCAGUUCGGACUGGAUCUGCAUACCGACCUCUUUGAAUUCAUACUCCAGUAUUGUGAAGUAGAUACAAAUGGUCUUAUUAACUUCAUUGAUUUUAUUACAUUUAUCAACUGGAAAGAUAAAAUGACAGUUGAAGAACUGGAAGAAAGAUUGUACACACACGGAAAAAAGCACGUGACUUGGAGUCCAGAUUCUUUAAAAAGACAUCAGGAAAAAAUGGAUGAAUCAGAAAUGACAUGUCUUGAAGUUUCUGAAAAACCAUUACAGACUCUUUCAAAAGUAACAAGUGAAGCUCUAGAUCAUUAUCGUACAACUUCAUCUCGAAUCAGUGCAGUUGUAGGAGGCCCCAGAUUUCAUUAUUAUCGCCCAUGUGGUCUACCUAGCAUUCGCACAGAUAUUUCCCCUCCUCACAUUCACAAACUAACUGACAGAAAAAAUUAUGGAGAUGAAGUCGGCGUCUUUGGGUUACUUUGUCCAUCAGUCUUCUCCCAGCACAUGAUCUAUGAAGAUGAGUUUUUUAAGUCACGCUCGAAAGAGGAGAUUGCUCAAAUACUCCAUAAUAUUGGUGUAACAGUUUCUAGUGAAGAUUUUGAAGAAUUGUGGAAAAAGGCUGCAAAGGAACAUCCAAAAGGAGAAGUAUCUGUUGAAUCAAUAAGAUAUGUGUUAGAUGGGAUGGAAGCAGAUACAAAAUUAUAUUUGAAAGACUAAAUGUCAGAUGUCUCCUUUUACUGUGUUAUAAAUACAAUAAAAACAUGCAUAAAUGCA